ACCAGAGAAACGAAAAGGUGAAAGGCGCGAAUCGAAUACGCUUCACUCUUUGUUUUGCUAUCUUACGCUUCUGCUACUUCUUCUACCCUUUUAUGCACCAUUUUCAUUCACUUUGUUUUUCUCUCUCACACACAAACACCCCGGAAAUGGGGAGGGGACUCGCGGCUCUCUUCUUCAUUUGCGAUCUCUUUGUGUUAUUGGCUUCCGUCGCCGCCAUUGACGGUCAGUCGGCGGCGGAGAUCAAUGUCACUGCCUCUCUGUCCAAUGUCUCGGACCCGAGAUCCAGAGAGGAUAGUUUCGCCGGCAUGAUCGAUCGCGCUCUUGAGAAGGAAUUCAAUGACACUGACCAAAAUGGAGCCACUGAUCCUGAUAGUUUCAACAAUAGUGUUGCGGGGAAGCAGGCCGUCUUGGAAACUGUUGCUAGAGUUAAGUCCAAGAAAAAUGAGACCAAGGAAGAGAAGUUGUUUCAGCUCCAUGACGUCUUCCAUUUAGAUGAUGAAAACCGAGCAGAUGAUGCACCAACAUUGAUAGAUAGAAAUGACAAUGUCUUUAUAAUAUCUAACCCAAAGUCAAAGUAUCCUGUUCUACAACUAGACUUAAGAUUAAUAUCGGAUCUGAUAAUUGUCAUUGUCUCUGCUACAUGUGGUGGCAUUGCUUUUGCUUGUGCUGGACAACCGGUUAUUACUGGAUAUCUGCUUGCUGGAUCUGUUAUUGGGCCUGGUGGGUUUAGCUUUGUUGGUGAAAUGGUGCAAGUUGAAACAGUGGCUCAAUUUGGUGUAAUCUUUCUUCUUUUUGCUUUAGGCUUGGAGUUUUCAGCAACAAAGCUUCGCGUUGUUCGAGCAGUUGCUGUCCUUGGAGGUCUUCUCCAAAUUUUCCUGUUCAUGUGCUUGUGCGGUAUAACUGUAUCGUUAUGCGGGGGUAAAGCUUCAGAGGGGGUUUUUGUUGGUGCAUUCCUGUCUAUGUCUUCUACAGCUGUGGUUUUGAAAUUUUUGAUGGAAAGGAAUAGUAUAAGUGCUCUUCAUGGUCAGGUUACAAUUGGAACUCUUAUCCUACAGGACUGUGCUGUAGGUUUGCUGUUUGCUUUACUUCCAGUUCUAGGUGGCAGUUCUGGAGUUCUUCAAGGAGUAUUAUCCAUGACUAAAUCGUUGGUGGUUUUAAUCACUUUUCUGACCAUUUUGACAAUAGCAUCCUGGACUUGUGUGCCAUGGUUUCUUAAGCUCAUGAUAAGCUUAUCAUCACAGACUAAUGAGCUCUAUCAGUUGGCAUCCGUGGCAUUUUGCUUGCUUGUUGCUUGGUGUAGCGAUAAGCUGGGUCUAAGCCUUGAGCUGGGUUCCUUUGCUGCCGGAGUGAUGAUAUCAACCACUGAUCUGGGCCAACAUACACUUGAACAAGUUGAGCCCAUUCGCAAUUUCUUCGCUGCCCUUUUCCUUGCCAGUAUUGGGAUGUUGAUUAAUGUGCAUUUCCUUUGGAAUCAUGUUGAUAUAUUGGUAGCUGCUGUAAUAUUGGUGAUUGUUAUUAAAACAAUGGUAGUUGCUGCAGUUGUCAAGGGAUUCAGAUACAGCAACAAAACGUCGAUUCUUGUGGGGAUGUCGUUGGCCCAAAUUGGGGAAUUUGCUUUUGUACUCUUGAGCCGUGCUUCUAAUCUUCAUCUAGUUGAGGGUAAACUUUACCUGCUACUUCUGGGCACAACAGCUCUUAGUUUGGUGACGACUCCAUUGCUUUUCAAGCUGAUUCCAGCCGUUGUUCAUCUCGGUGUAUUAUUGCGGUGGUUCCCAGCUGACGGUCCUUCUGAGGUGUUUAAACGUGCAAAAAAGCAAGUCGAUUGAGUGAAGGGAUUCUUUUCCAGUUCCAAAGCUGUUCAUACGGUAAGCGAAUUUAUAUGAAUUUCCAAGUAAGCAAAGAUGGGUGGUGGAAGAGCAAUAUAAAUAUGAUUCUCCUUGUCCUUGUGCGCUGCGUGCCUAAUGCAUUCUGAUAUUUGGUUAAAUGACCUUUGUAAAAUAGCAACCAUUUAUAAGGUAUUCAUUUCAAUCUUACCCCUUUUUCUCCACUUCAGUUGAUUUGUCCCCCCCCCCCU